GCAGGACCUGGAGCGCCUGUGCCGAGACCAGAGCCUCAGCAGCUCCACAAAGCCUGGCUGCUGUUUUUCUUCAAACUGACUUGUGUAAAUAGUUUUUUUCCUUAGGACAGCAAAAGAAUAUUGCAGAUUCUUGGCUGAAUUUCUGUUGCUUCUGCAGGUAUCGCCUUGGAACCCACUCUUCCAGGAUGACAGGCACAAGGAUGGCGGCAGUGCUGCUUGCCCUGGCUGGCUUGCUGCAGGUGGCUGUGACCCUGAAAAUCGCAGCCUUCAACAUCAGGUCUUUUGGGGAGACCAAGAUGUCCAAUGCUACCCUCUCCAGCUACAUUGUGCAGAUCCUGAGCCGCUACGACAUCGCCCUCAUCCAGGAGGUCAGAGACACCUACCUGACAGCUGUAGGGAAGUUGCUGGAUGAACUCAAUCGGGAUGCACCAGACACCUACCGCUUUGUGGUCAGUGAGCCGCUGGGACGCAACAGCUAUAAGGAGCAGUACCUUUUCGUGUACAGGCCUGAUCAGGUGUCCGUGCUGGACAGCUACCAAUACAACGAUGGCUGUGAGCCCUGUGGGAACGACACCUUCAGCCGCGAGCCUGCCAUUGUCAGGUUCUCCUCCCCACUCACGCAGGUUAGAGAUUUUGCCAUUGUGCCCCUGCAUGCGGCUCCUACAGAAGCAGUGGCUGAGAUCGAUGCUCUCUAUGACGUCUAUCUACAUGUCCAGCAGAAGUGGGGCCUGGAGGACGUGAUGCUGAUGGGUGACUUCAAUGCCGACUGCAGCUACGUGACUCCCUCGCAAUGGCCCUCCGUCCGCCUUCGUACAAGCUCCACCUUCCAGUGGCUGAUUCCUGACACUGCGGACACCACGGCGACAUCCACACACUGUGCCUAUGACAGGAUCGUGGUGGCUGGAUCUCUGCUCCAAAGAGGAAUUGUUCCGGAUUCAGCUGCUCCAUUUGACUUCCAGGCAGCAUACGGACUGACUAAACAACUUGCUGAAGCCGUCAGUGACCACUACCCAGUAGAGGUGAUGCUGAAGACGGCCUGACACCGGCAGGCAGCACAGCCAGCUGGGUCCUCUGGGGUGGCUGGCGACCCACAGCAUGGCAGGUACAGUGCCCCUUUCCCCCACUUUGGUGGGGGGCACCAAGCACGGGGCUGUCACCACAGCACUCUACCUUCUCAGAGCCUGGACAAAAGAGCUAACAUUUUAAGAAAUAUCUUUUGGAUUAUUAUGGAUUAAGAAAUAUCUUUUAAUUGAGAUAAAUAAAGCUCAAGGUGGUGGUCUCA